GCUAAACGACAGGAAUGUGGCUUGGUGGUUUAACGGGAAGAGGAGGAUCGAUCCUCAUGAAUGGAUAUAUCAACCUACGUUUACUGUCAUGCAUGCAGCUGGGCCUGUAGCCUGAGCUUUGUACACCCUCAGCCCCUGAGCCAGUGGCCUUCCAGUAACGGGGGGCUCUUCCUCCCUCUAGGCUCUGUUUCUCCCCACUGUGCCCCCAUCAGCCCCAGAGUUCCCUAUGUUAACCCUCUUGAGCAUGUUUUACUAUAUCUGUCUGCGGCGACGCUCCAGGAGUGGGACUCGAGGCGAGGCUCUGACCAGUCGGCGGGCCGUGGAGUCCGGCCAGCGAGCUGUGUUGCCGGUGAGUGUGGAGGUGGAGCAGUUUGCCAAGGAGGUUCUGGACUUCAGCUCCCACUAUGGCAGUGAGAAUAGCAUGUCCUACACCAUGUGGAACCUGGCCGGGGUGCCUAACGUCUACCCCAGCUCAGGGGACUUCACUCAGACAGCGGUGUUCAGAGCUUAUGGGAAAUGGUGGGAACAGUGUGCCAGUGCUCCUCCACCUUUCCGCCGCACCCCUAAAGGAUUCCACAGCCAGGAUUAUAUUGAACUUGGCUUUGAGGAGCCUGUCUACCCUACAGCUGUGGAGGUGCUUGAGACUUAUUACCCUGGAGCCAUUGUCCAGAUUCUGGCCUGCUCUCACAACCCCUUCUCCCAGAACCCACCGACUGAUGUCAGGUGGGAGGUGUUGUGGUCAGGUGAGCCCACCAAGGUGCUGACACCCCAGGCACGUCAGUUUUCUCCUACCAUCAAGCAUAUCAGCUUCCCUACCAACCUGCUGCGCCUGGAGGUCAACAGCUCUCUGCUGGACUACUACACUGAGCUGGACGCUGUCAUCCUGCGAGGGGUAAAAGAGAGGCCCAUGCUGGCCCUCUAUAAGAUGCCUGUCAUUGACAUUAAUGACCUGAGUGACAGCGAGGAGGAGCUGUCUGAUGUUGGAGGUCCAUUCAGACAAGGAGACAGCAGGCACCAGAGGACAGGCAAUGGCUACUUUGACAAACUGCCCUACGAGCUCAUCCAGCUGAUACUGAGCCACCUGACCCUGCCAGACCUCUGCCGUCUGGCCCAGAGCUGUAAGCUGCUGCACCAGCACUGCUGCGACCCACUGCAGUACACCCAGCUGAGUCUGCAGCCCUACUGGAGCCGGCUGAGUGACGCCUCCUUGGGACACCUGCAGAGCCGCUGCACCCUCCUCCAGAGGCUCAACCUGUCCUGGACCGGCAACCGCGGAGCUCUCACCCUGACCGGCUUCAGCAGCUUUCUGAAGGCCUGUGGUCUCAGCCUGGGCUGCCUGGAGCUGUCUUGCUGCCACUUCCUGAACGAGGCCUGUCUGGAGGUCAUUUCUCAGACUUGUCCUGGGCUACAGGAACUCAACCUGUCCUCCUGCGACCGCCUCCACCCCCAGGCCUUCACACACAUCUCCAAACUAACACGCCUCCGCCGGCUGGUGCUCUACCGGACCAAGAUAGAGCAAACAGCUAUUCUGAGCAUCCUGACUUUCUGCAUAGAGCUGAGACACCUCAACCUAGGAAGCUGUGUGAGGAUUGAGGACUAUGACGUUGUGGCCAGUAUGCUGGCGGCUCGCUGUCGCUCACUCUGCUCGCUGGACCUGUGGCGCUGCAGAAACCUGACUGAUCGAGGCCUGGCGGAGCUCGUCUCAGGCUGCAGGAUGCUGGAGGAGUUGGACCUGGGCUGGUGUCCCACACUGCAAAGCAGCACCAGAUGUUUCCAGCACCUCGCCCGCAGCCUGCCCCACUUGCGCAAACUCUUUCUUACGGCCAACCGCACUGUCUGUGACUCCGACGUAGAGGAGCUGGCUGCCAGCUGCCCCUCACUGCAGCACCUCGACAUACUGGGUACGAGGUUGGUUAGUGCUGCCUCACUGAAGAAACUCCUGCAGUCUUGUCCCCGGCUUCUCCUCCUGGACGUCUCCUUCUGUUCACAGAUAGACAUGCGGGUUGUCCAAGAGCUCUCUGGCCUCUUCCCCAAUGUGGCUAUCAAGAAGAGCUUCACUCAGUGACCCCAGCCUCGUCUCAUUUCCCACAGUUCAGAGGAAGUAAGAGGAGAGAAGUGCUCGCCAGCAGACACUGCCCCAAAGUGAAUAAGAGGCAGGUCAGAUGCUGUAGGAGAUUGCUGACCCGCUUGCGUCUGUAUCACAGACGAGAUCUUCUUUUUGCAGGUCAGUAAAUAAAGCAGUUGCACUGGGUGAGGAGGUUCUUUGGAUUAACUGGCUCAACGCAAACAACUACAGACUGGCAAUCACAGUAUUAAAGAACGUGAGACUUAUUAGUUGUUAUUUUUUUUGGACACUUGAAAUCAGGGUCGUUGCAGUAAAGCUGCUACAUCUUUCCCAGAAUCUGAAUCACCACUUGUGUAUUGCCAAGCAACACAAGGCUCGGAAAUAUGCCUUGGUACUGGGUGCAAAACACAAAACAAAAACAUUUCUGAGCAAUCCUCCCUUGAACAUCUUGUCAGGACAACAUAAAGGGACAAAAACAUUUUUGAAGCAUACCCUUAUUUGAAGCAGUUGGAAAAUCUACAGUAGGAGUUGUUAGUCACAUAUUUAUUUUAGCUUUUAAAAUCAUUACAGAUCAGGACCUUGGUCAGUGCCUUGUCAGAAUGUGCAGCGAUCAUGCUGGUUGUCGUAAUGUAUGAGGGUCAUUCUGAAGGCAUCUGACAACAAAAGCCAGCUUGAUUUAGUUAAAAGGAAUCAUGCUUGAUGCCGUUGUGUUGGAAGGUAUCAGGAGCUUUAAGGGUGAAAACAAAGGAGUAAACGCAGCCUUAUUUCACACACUGUGCUGCUGUGUGAAUCGUGUCAACCCAAACCUUAUUGCAAUUAUCACAAGUUAUUUGUUGCUGAAGAAUUAUACACGGGGAUCUCAUGUGGAAAAGAAACACACCAUCAGUUGUCUUUGCACCUGAGAUGUACUAACGAGUAUUCUUCAGACACACGUUUGAGAACUUGUGAAACAGCAGAUGAACAGAAUAACAUUCAUUUUAAUUUACACAUGUGCUAUAAAUGCAUAAAUAGGAAAAACACCCAGGGCAUCACAUCAGCAGACUGACUCACAUGAAAUAAAAGCACA